GUUUGAAACGACGGGCGGGCGCUCGCUAUGGCACAGGCUCACCCGCGGUCGGGUACCCGGCUCUUUCGAACGUACGCGGCGAGGGGCGUCCGGGGGUCGCAGCGGCAGCCUGGCGGGCUGGCUGAGCAAUGGUUCCAGCCGCCGAACCUGAAGCGCGCCUUCAGCAGCAGCCUCAGCGACAGUAACGAGUCGCCGGCUGUCGCUUCCGACGACCCGGACGACCCCGACUUCCCCGGCAGCCUCGUGGGCCAGCGGCAGAGGCGUCCUCCGGGCCGCGGCUCCCGGAACCAGCGGACCCUGACAAACACUCCAAGAGUCCAAAGGCUGCGACCUCGGCCCCCGCAGAAGUGCAGCACCCCGUGCAGCCGGCUGCGACCGCCACCUUUCCCCAACUGCAGCCCGGGCUGCCUCGGGUCGGACCACAGUGUGUGCAUCCAGUCCAGGGACAGCAACGAGCUGGGCACCAGUGCCUCCCUCUUCAGCUCUCCGGCCUCGCCCGGAGCCCCCGACCGUUUGUAUGCAGACUCUGCAGUCCCCGGGAGCUUCCACUUGCCGGCAACCUCCCUAAGUGAACCGUCUGUGCUCUGCCCCCAGGAGGCAGCAACCGGUGACAGGUACACCGGGAAGGCCCUCCGAGUCGAAGCCAGCUUCAGGUCAUCUCUCUUUAGCCUUGUGAACUCAGGGGCCACAGAAGUGAACAAGUUUGGGACAGAUGGGGAGAAUGUGAAGGAAUCGUGUUGUGAAAGAAGACAGCAGAUGGGAAACAGACUAACGGACCCUGAUCUGGCAAGCCGGGGAAAGAGAAAGGCCGCGAGUAAAAAGGUUGUGUCCCAAGGAGUCGACCAGAGAGACUAUGGGGAGUCCAGUGCUUGCAAGGACCGUCGUGUACCAGGGGAAAUCAGCAGGCCUAAGAGAACUGGCCCACUCCGGAAGAGGAAACAGCAAGAAGCAGCGGGAACCCCUCCCCGCCACUACCACCAAUCUAAGAAAAGGAAAGCGUCAGUCUCCUUAUGGAACUUGAAUACUAGCCAGAGGGAUUCUUGGACCAAAACCAGAGCUUCCUUCGGGUUCCACAAGAAGAAAAUUAUAACCAGUGUGCUAGAGGUAUGCAGUUCUGUCGCCAGUUCUUCCUCCAGGUCCCUCCUGUCUGAAUGUUCGACCCCUCCUAUCAAGAACAGAGCACACCUUACUGUUUCUUCUCGAUGCUCUUCUGUGUAUUUGCUAAGUCCCUUAAAGACCCUGCAUGUCACAGACCAAAGGCCAUCUUAUGCUGAAAAGGUUUAUGGGGAGUGUAAUCAGGAAGGGCCUAUCCCCUUUAGUGAUUGCCUUUCCACGGAAAAACUGGAACGGUGUGAGAAGAUCGGAGAAGGAGUGUUUGGAGAAGUGUUUCAGAUAAUUAACGACCAAGCACCUGUAGCCCUAAAAAUCAUUGCUAUUGAAGGGUUAGAUUUAGUCAAUGGGUCGCACCAGAAAACCUUUGAGGAGAUCCUGCCGGAGAUCAUUAUCUCCAAAGAGCUGAGUCUCUUGUCUAGUGAGGCCUACAACCGCACAGAAGGCUUCAUUGGGCUGAACUCAGUACACUGUGUUCAAGGGCUUUACCCUCCCUUGCUGCUGAAAGCCUGGGAUCACUAUAACACAACCAAAAGGUCUGCCAAUGACCGGCCUGACUUUUUCCAGGAAGACCAGCUCUUUAUUAUCCUGGAAUUUGAGUUUGGUGGGGUUGACUUGGAGCGAAUGAAAACAAAGCUGUCCUCCGUGGCGACUGCAAAGAGCAUUCUCCACCAGAUCACCGCAUCCCUGGCUGUGGCAGAAGCAUCCCUGCACUUUGAGCACCGGGACUUACACUGGGGAAAUGUGCUCUUAAAGAAAACCAACCUCAAAGAACUCCACUACACCCUCAAUGGGAAAACGAGCACCAUUCCCACCCAUGGGCUACAAGUCAACAUCAUUGACUACACCCUGUCCCGCUUGGAGCGGGAUGGGAUUGUGGUUUUCUGUGAUAUCUCCACUGAAGAGGACCUAUUUACAGGUGAGGGUGACUACCAGUUUGAGAUCUACAGGCUCAUGAGGAAGGAGAACAAAAACUGCUGGGGUGAGUAUCACCCUUACAAUAAUGUGCUGUGGCUGCAUUACCUCACAGACAAGAUUCUGAAUAAGAUGAAAUUUAAGACUAAAUGCCAGAGCGCAGCCAUGAAGCAAAUAAGGAAAAACCUGCAACAUUUCCACAGGACUGUACUGAGUUUCAGCUCUGCCACGGACCUGCUCUGCCAACACAGUCUCUUUAGGUAAGCCAGGAACUUAGACUUUCAGAGCCUCUUUAAGUACACUUUUUAGGCCUCUGGUACUAAUCUCUGCCACUAGAGCUAGAUGGAGGUGAAAGAGUUCCUGUCAGCUUCUUAAAAGAGAACCGUGUUUUUCAAAAGGUAACCAAAAUGUUUGUUGACAUGAUUAAAUUUGCUUUUAACAAAUGUUCCUUUUAAAAAUAAUAAUAAUAAACUAGACAGAGGACAAGUGGAUGCAUCUUUAAGUCCUCGUCCUGUCAGCAGAGUCUACAAGUCUGUUGUUGCUGGUUUUUGAGCCUUGAUACUUGAUGUAGGAUGAGCAAAACCAAGCCUCAGCUGUGGUCCUUACUGCUCUUGAUGCCGUUGUCAAGAUGCAGAGCAGAGAGCAAGAGACUAGAGAGUCAAAACCAAGAGAAAGUAUGGAAAAUGUUUAUCCGGUUCACUCCCCAAUCACAGGAGCAGAAUUUAUAGAAUUUCAACAGGAAAAUAAAUGUCUCUGUGGCUCUCAUGUUUGAGAUUUG